AUGGCUGCCCACUAUUCACCGAGGGUAUUUCUAUUUACGUUUAGUUUGUUAUCUGUUUUAAGACAGAAAGGUGAAGAAAGAGCCUGUGUCAUGAACUACCUUGUGUAAAUACUCCGUUUAAUGACCCGUUAGAGUGUCGGUAGGGAGACGCAAUUUUUCCGGUCGUUGUGAAACUGAGCGUUCACGUCUGGUUUUCUUUUAAUUUUUGCUGAGCUGUCAAGCUGCUCAUCGUUUUGGGACUGGGAUUGCUUUGUAUUUAUUAUCGAGCUAAGCAAGCUAAAAAACAUACCUGCGAGUCCAACGCAUACAUUACAUCCAGGAGCCUCAUAGUCGCUAUGUUUAGCCCAGUGAAGUCUUCUUAUUUCAGAGUUAGCCCGGCCAUUGUCAACAGAGAACUCGGCAAGACCAAGAUGAGAUAGCAAGAGGGCAUAUCAGAGUGCUAACUAACACAUGGUUUAUUACGAGGUAUAGCCCCAGCAUAACGCAGAGAACAAGGAAUACAUAACUCAAGCAGCAUGUUUGGGAAUCUUUUCGAGGAAGAGGAGGAGGAAGGCUUCUCUUCGACCUCCUCCGGUGGGAGAGUUGCAAAGGGGGGAGACGAGCCACCUCCACCCCGAGGAAGAAGCACUCUGUGCGGCAUCAAGAACCAGGGGGGCACCUGCUACCUCAACUCCCUGCUCCAGACCCUGCUGUUCACCCCAGAGUUCAGAGGGGAGCUGUUCAGUUUGGGAGCAGAUGAACUAGGAUGCCUGGAAGACAAAGACAAACCAGGGGCCAAAGUUAGAGUGAUCCCACUGGAGCUACAGAGACUGUUUGCCAGUCUGCUGCUGGCGGAUCAGCAGAGCGCCUCCACUGCAGACCUUACCGACAGCUUUGGCUGGAACAGCAGCGAGGGAACAAAUCAGCAUGAUGUGCAGGAGCUGAACAGGAUUUUGUUCUGCGCGUUGGAGCACUCUCUUGUGGGCACCACCGGUAGCACGUUUAUCCACCAGCUGUAUCAUGGGACCAUUGUCAACAGUAUCGCCUGCAAGGAGUGUGGAAACGUCAGCCAAAGACAGGAGGACUUCCUGGACCUGACAGUGUGUGUUUGUGGCGUGUCGAGCCUGGAGGAGGCUUUGUGGAACAUGUUUGUGGAGGAAGAGUUGUUUGAGGGCAAUAACCUGUACCGCUGUGGGCAGUGUGACAGGCUGGUCACUGCUGCCAAGUCUGCCAAGCUGAAGAAGCUCCCUCCUUUUAUGACCAUGUCUUUGCUGAGGUUCAGCUUUGACUAUGCCAAAUGUGAGCGAUACAAGGAGACGGGACGCUACGUUUUCCCCUUAAACAUCAACCUACGGCCAUUUUGUGAAGAGACUGAUGGAGAGGACUCUGAUUACUCCUACGAGCUGUUCUCUGUGAUCAUCCAUAAGGGUGGCUGCUAUGGAGGCCAUUACCAUGUUUAUAUCAGGGACAUAGACCAGCUUGGCCAAUGGGAGCCGCCGGAAGAGGAAUGCAAAAUUAAGACUCAGAAGAAAUUGAAGGACGAGGUCAAGCAAAUGUGUGAGCCAAAACUUCAAGAAGACGACCCUUUGUCUGUCAUCAGUGCUAUUAUUACACAGGAGCCAUCAAAGAGUGUCCUGUUGGACCAGCUGGGACAAAAAAUCAUGGAUAAAAUCAGUUCAUCCUGGAGCAAAAAGUUCAGAAAACACUACGGGCCCAUAGGAAAGUUCCUGCAGUCCCACAAUGAUGUUUUCAUGCUGGUGUCCAAUGGUACUCGAGUGGCAUUGAAGGCAAACCCUCCGAGCCCUGUGACUGAGACCCCCGGCCCAGCAGAGCAGACCACUGACUCUGAUCCUUCAACUCCUGCAGAACCUGGAGCCGCGGAAGAGCCCGAACCAGACCAGAAGCCAGAGCCCGAACAAAAGCAGGGUAGCCACUGGUUCGACCUUAAUGACUCGGCGGUGACCUCCAUCAGGGAGUCUGACAUAGAGAAGCAGUUCCAGGGCAAAGAGAGCGCAUACAUGCUGUUCUACAGAAAAACACAGCUGCAAAGGCCCGGUGAAGCUUUGAAAAAUCCUGAGUAUAAAGUUCCUCUUAACCUCAUCAAGAUGGCUCAGGAGGAGAACAUCAGAGUGCAGAAAAUGCGCGAGGAGUUUGAAGCUUCAAAUAACACCGUGGAGCUGCAUCUCCACCUCGCACCCUCCUAUAGGCUAGAUAAUGGAGCCCUGCAACCAAUCAGCAAAGAGCAGAGCGCUAGCACACCUUUGAGUUUCGACCGUAGAAAGACUGUGGGAGAUCUUCGAUUAGCUAUAUACCAGAUGCAGGAACUCUGGGAAGGGGAUAUGGCUCUGACUGUGGCCCGGAGUCUCCCUGCAGGUCUACACCUCUACAAUACACUUAUAGACGACGGUGUCUCCCUGUACAGUGCCGGCAUUUGUACAAACUCUGACCUGUUUGUGUGGAAUGGCAGAGAGGUGUGCGGUGCGGCUGUCCUAACUGGAGCUGAGUGGGAGCCAGUGCUGCUGAAUGUGGUCCGUCCCUUUCUGGAAGAUUGUGAUCAGGAAAAGGCAGAUGAGAUGGAGUGUGAGGAGGGGAGAGAAAGUUUUGAAAACGGGGGUCCAGGGCUCAAAAGGGAGGCGAGAGGUUUUGCAGGUGCUGCGACUCUCGGGGAGGUGAGGGAGGCACUGGGGGAGCCUCGGGAGAGUCUGCUGUGCCAGGAGCAUAAGGGAGGAAAGAGAGGAGAACAGGGGGCAGGGGAGGGAGGAGGGGCGAGUGGGUGGAGGGUGUUCCCCCCCGACGACAUGCACCGGACACUGAAGGAGCUGUCGCUGAAGGACGGCGAUGCGCUGCUGGUGCUGGAGCCGCAGUCCUUCGACAGCAGUUUGUUCACUCGAAACGGAGACGUGGUCACUGUGACGACGCCUUCCGACUGCCGCUGGCUCCAGGUGGAGUUUCGACCAAAUGGAGGAGGGGGAGAAGAAGGGGAUAAAGAAGAGGAGAGGAGGAAGAUUAAGGUUCCAGCUACAGGAAAUAUGCUGCUGUGUGAGGUGAAACAGAGGGCCAUAGAGGAGCUGCAGAUAGAGGAACAAACCUCAGGUGCACAGCACUGCCUGAGACAGGUGGACUGCACAGGGAAACUCCUUCCUCCAGUGUGUGAGGAGCUGAGUGUUCGGGAUGCAGGAGUGCGCCUCAUGACCACACUCACUCUCUGUCCGGGAAAUGCCCCCAAGGCUUCACAGCUUUUCUUGCACUUCUCUGUGGGCACAGCGCCCUCUGCUGGCUUUGAGAAGGACAUACUUGUGGAGAAAUCAUUUACUGUAAAAGAGUGUCUAAAGGCAAUGCUGGAUGAUGUUGGACUUGAUGGCACCUGUUGGCACUUAAGAAGGCUCGAUUGGUGUGAGGAGGUUGGAGAGCCAAUCAUGGAUGAGGAUGCUCCUCUGUCAGAGCUGAAGAUUAACAAUGGAGAGACUUUAAUCGUCACAGAAGGACAACUUCCUCCAAAGGGUUUUCUCAAGUUAUCCGUGUGGCUGUAUCUGGAUCCCAGAAACAACUCGUCAGAUUUCACAGGUUUUAAUCACACUGACAACGGCCACACUGAGGAGCAAAUGCUGGAGCUUUUGACUGCAAGUGAAACGCACAGCCCCUCACCCCCCCUCUGUAUCGGCAACACGGCAGAGCUCAGAAGUGCAGGACAGGUGGAGAUAUCAGACGAAGCCACGCUGGAGGAUCUCAAGACUCAGGUGUUGACGCUGCCUGCCCUUCAGGAUGUGUGUGUGCCAAUCACUGCUUUCAUGCGUGUGUGGCAGCUUGAGUGUCAGAGGCUGGCACGUAUCCUCAGAGGACAGCAGCUUACACUCAAGAAAUUGAAGCUGACCAGUGGUAUGGAUCUUUGUGUGCAACCGCUACUAAAAGAAGAAGAUCUUGGUCCUAAGGAUGUGAUGCUGAAUGUUAAAAUGGGAGUACCAGGGGAGAGGUGUUUCUACCCCACAGAGGAGCUGGUUUGGGAUGCAGCCCGAGACUCGUCUCCUCGCUCUCUGCGCACCUGUCUGGCUGCUCACUACGGCUUCUCCCCUGACUCUCUGCUGCUGGCCAAACACCAGCCGGACAAACACACCUGGGAGGAAAUGUCCACCUGGAACCAGCAGGUUUCCAAAAAGAAAAAGAAGAGAAAGGCAGAGUCACUACUGGGAGCGCCAUUUCACCUCAAAGAUGGCGACACAGUAGGCAUCAAGAAUCUUUUGAUUGACAACAACAGGAACUUCUUGACCCUGGAGGAUGAGCGGGGCCAGCAGAGGCUCAGGGAGCAGGCCGAGCAGCGCAGGAAAGGAGGGCCGGCUGCAGACUCAGACGGUGUUGGACCACAGAAAAAGGCUGGACCUAACAAAUCCAGGAAACCAGAAGUAGCGCUGUCAAUCAACGUUGGGGUAUUCAGAUAGCAUCCCGCUCCCGUGGGUGCAUGGACACAUCAGAACUAGUUAUUAACCGCUUGCAUGCACACACACAGAUGGCAUGAUGCGAUUAGGACAAUCCACUUGACGUCAAUCUUGUGCCAUUCCUGUUUUUUCUUUUACUGUAUUUCACCAGAAAGAUUAUAAAACCAACUGACAAAACUCUUUAUUUUUUUAAGGAAGAGAAGGCCUUUCUUUUUCACUAUUUGCAAAUCUGUUUUGUAACAUUUGACUGUAAUCUGCAUUAUUUCAAUGCACAAUUACUGGAUUUAUUUUUAGAUGCCCUAUGUUUGUCUUUCAUCCUCUCUAUAACUUUUAAUCUGUUCCCUUAUACUUAAAGUAUGAGCUCAUGCUACUUCAAAUUAGAUUUUGCUUUUACAGUACAGGGUGGCGGUUAUACUGACGUUUCUGUUUUAUAUACUGUUUGUUGACUUGUAUACAUACUGCAAUCAGGGUAAUAACAUACAAGCUAGUGGCUUUAAAGAAAAAUCUACCAUCAGUCAGUUUUGUUGUUGCUCAAAAGGUAUUUGAAAGUGAUGCUUAUGUUUGUGAUAAACCUAUCACUGUGCACCAAGAACAAAAACAUUUAUCUGGAUAAUGGGGUUGUUUUAGGUUGAUAAGGAGAAGGGAGAUAGGCCUUAAUGUGGAGAAGCCUGGGUGCUGCUCUGUCCUCCCUACCUCACUCUCUGCCUCUCCUGCUCUACCUCUGCUGCCAUGUCUGCUUUCAUCUCCAAGUUCUCACUGUAAAACACAUUUACAUUUCUGUAAUCUAAAACCCCUGCUCUCUAAGUAAACGGUUAAAGUAU